AUGGACUUCGUCCAACGUAUCAGAUUCAAGCCCUUGGGCGGCGAUGUCGCUCAAUCUGAGCCUAUCAGCAUCUCGCCACGUGCGAACCAUCCAGCGACGGUGCAAAGUACGGCGGAUGACCACGCCACCCCGUUAUCGACCGCUCUUGACGAAGUCUCUGAGAGCUCGAACCAGGAUCGUGGCGCACCACGAGAAAAUUGCCUCGAAACUGCAGAUCAGUACCAUGACACGCCACGAACGGAGGGUCUUGGCCCAGAAGCUGUCUCGAUUGCAGAACGAAGACUUCUUGCUAGAGCUCGUCUGCAUGGCAUUUACUCUGCAGACCGGCUCGACUACGAGAUCGAUCUUGGCCGACGUGCCGCUCCUGGCCUGCGAAUGCUUGAUGGUGGUCAAGCAACACGCAACGACCUCGACCUAUGGCUCUUCUUGAUAGAUGCUGCUCGCCAGAAGAAAGGUGUUCAGGGUAUCCACGACCUUUCCAAUGCUUUGUUUCAUCGCGGUCCGCCUCUGCAGCUCACCUCCGAUAAUGGAAACGCCAGGGACAUGAUAGAUGCGUUUUUAUGGGCUGCUAUCAAUGGUCCCAAGGCAGAACGCCAAGAUUACAGUUAUCUGAAGCGCAUCUGUACCCAGUGUCGCAAUCGUGGAUACUGCGCCGAUUUACUUUUCGUUGGCACUGUUGGGGGUCUGCUCAGAAUGAAGCCUCAUCUGGCCCUCAGCAUGGCGCAGUGGCUGAGGAAUCGACAGUUCUACAAAGGACCCGACGACUUGCAGCAUAUUUUCCGUUCAGCGUGCGCGUCAGCCAUCCCAUCCGCGCUUGAGCAUUGCAACGAUGUCUUGAACUUACUCACUUCAGACAAAGUUUACCACUGGACCGUUCCCUACUUAUGGGAAACUGAGCGCGCUGCAGAUGCAUUCGCCUGGCACGAUUACCGCCUUGCGCACGGAGACCGGCCGCAGAACUUCAGCCUACUCCUGCCCGACAUUGAGCCUUUCAUCACAAAUCUUACCAAACACGGCGUUGACUUCGCUGGGCAGGUACGACAGACUUACGAGAUCAUGGCGACGGAUCUGGCAAAUAAACCAACAACGGUCAAUGGGGCCGUUUCGCGGGCAGUAGCAGCAGCAAGGCGUUUCGCGACGCCCAGUGACGAGACUGUCGCACGACUUUUUGCGACUGCGAGCUUGUCUUUCGACUUCGCCCUGAACAGUCUCUGCUUCUUGGGGCUCAGACAAAUAGGGCCAAUGUCCGUUCGGCAGAUGAUCUUAGGCGCUCCGGAUCUUACAACUGUGAAUGAGAGAUUCGAACUGCUACAACAGCGAGGGGUCGACAUGGGAGCUCAUCCAUUCGUUGUCGUUAUACGGCAGCUGCAUAAGAUGAAAGAAUUUGGUUUGCUGAAGCGGAUUGCUGAGACUGACAUGCAUCACGACGAAUUUUCAGAUAUGACUUUGCAGCGUUCCUUGCUCCGCCGGUCCGUGCCGAACAAGGAGAUCUUCGACACAACGCGAUCUCUCUUGAUCCUACGUGCUAGUGACAACCGACUUCAAGACAGCGACUGGAUAACCAACACUCUCUUGGUCGAUGCUAUUCAUUGGGCAGACUGGCAAAGAGUGCUAGAGAUUGUGGUAUCUUUGCAUCAGACCCGACAUGUAAUCACUCCCAGCGUCAUAACAUAUUUGAGCCAGCGAUGUUUGGGGCCGUCGGUACGUCGUGAGAUGGCGUCUGAGUUUCUCGUGACGCCCCGAGAGGCUGAUCUGGUCUCCUUCUCGAUCGGCAUCUGUCAGCAAAUUCUAAGCAGCGGCAGCAACAUCGACGUGUCAUUCUGGAGAUAUGCAUUUGUAGCAUUGGCUCACACGAGCAGGAUCUCCGAAGUCCACAGACUGAUCCGCUGGAUCCUCAGACACUAUGGGCCAGGCGGUCAGCUCCGCGCCAGGAGCGCCUCCUCGGCCGACCUGAAAAACCUUUUCACGCCGAUGACCCAAAAAGCAAUCAUAGCAUGGGAUUUUACCAAAGUCGAAUGGAAGAGGGUUCUGUUCGGCGAUCGUGCGCCACCCGACCAUCUCUUCUUUAGGCCACUCACCUCACCACCAUGGAUUCAAACAGCGCGGCUGUUGCGUUACUUGAGCGAUCACCCGGAUCUUGGCGUCGAGAUCGACUACAUGGACUUGGAAGACGAGUUCGUCUACCGCUUGCGCCAAAUGCACCGCACCGUUCGUUCGACCCAGAUCUCAUCGAACAGGAGAUGGGCCGCUGUGCGAGGUUUCACUCUUUUGGACAUGGCUGAGCACUGGCUGAAGGUUUGGGAAGGCUCUGGUCAUAGUGUGGACGGAGAGAGGAUGCUUAAAAAAAUUGGCAAACUUAUCACCACCAGCUCGUAUCCUCAGGAAAGGUGGCCGGGCCUACGCAGGGUGAUGAAUAGACGAGUCAAUCCGCAUGUUCGCACUUACUUGGACGAUGUGCUUACCUGGAAGGCCCACAUAGUUCUGAGACGCUCACUUGUGGCAUCGAAACCAGCCGCGAUAGCAACUGCGUCCCGGUCUGAGCCGGAGCGCAGCAGCCUCUUUGGAUUGAGGGCCAGGCGAAAUCAGGGGAGCGACUCUACGCGUAACUCGGACUAUCAGGGGGUGCAAUUGAAGAGAAAAGAUACGAAUCUACCAGCGAGGAAGGGUCCCAACAACGAGAUCAUGUUCUCAGUCGACUGA